AAAAAUUACAAAAUUAUAAUUUUGCUAUAUGUUCGUGAAGUUAACGUCCUAAUCUCUUCCCACUCAUCCGAAUAUCCAAUACUUCUCUGCUCCUCCACUUUAAUCUUCAUCUUCUCAUCACAUAAUUCAGAAAAACCAACACUAAUGCCGGCAAAUUCCUCUCAAUUAUCCAAAAGGGGAGAUAAGAGGGGGAAAGAAUGGUUGGCGGUGAAUUUCAAGCCAGAGAACUUUAUACCAGGACUUAUAAUUGGGUUUGUGUUUGGGUUUUUAUUUGAUAUGGCAAAACCCCUUAAAGAUUAUGCAAUUGGGAGCUGUUCGUCUCUUUCGAGAACCCGAAAGCAACAGACUUUGGCCUUGAGGAACCCGAAUGAGGAGCUCAAGAUGGUUUUAGUAGUUAGACAAGAUUUGAAGAUGGGAUCAGGAAAGAUUGCUUCUCAAUGUGCUCAUGCUGCAACUGGCCUUUAUUCAGAGCUUAUUCAAAGCCAACGCGCUCUCGUGCGACAAUGGGAGCAUUGUGGGCAAGCAAAAAUAGUUGUCACUUGCAAGAAUCAACAAGAGAUGAAUAAGCUGAAGGAAAUGGCUGAAAACAUUGGCCUUCCAACUUACAUGGUUGCUGAUGCAGGACGCACACAGGUUGCCUCUGGAUCAAAAACGGUUCUCGCUAUUGGACCUGGAUUUAAGUCGGCAGUAGAUUCAGUAACAGGGAAACAGCAUCUGCUUUGACGUGUAAAUGAUAUUGUAUUAUCACAUCAUCAUAGUUUGACCUUGGUCCUACAUUGUUCCUUCAUAGACAGUCCUCUUGAGUACAUUUGACACAUCCUUCAAGAGAAGUUGAUCUGCAGGAGGAUCUUUCCGAUACUGAUUCCCUCAGCACAUGGCUUAUUAGACGCCCAGUGGCUCUAGAUGUCAGUAAAGGAACAAUAGGUAGCUAAGAUAUUGAAUUACUCUUGUUGUAUGUGCACUUAAACUUAAGAACUGUCAGUUUGCCACAUCUUUUUUUGAGAGAGCAAUUUGCCACAUUUAAAUUGAUUGUAUACAGUGUUUUUUAAGUUGUUCUCCAUCCUUGUUUUCUUCUUGUA